AUGGGCAGAAAUAAAUCAAAUAAAACUGCUGUGCCGCACAAGACCAAACUGAAGAAGGAUCCCGGAGUUCCGCGCCUGCCGGACCUGAAGGCGCGCCAGACUGAGAAGAUCAGGAUACAAACAUCUCCUCCACGGCGCCAGGAUGGCGAUGCCACCAUGGCUUCUGAGCCCACACUAGCCUCCCUUGCCGAUCUUGCCGCAUCCACGUCGGCAAACGCCUAUGAUUCUGCCAUGGAAGCCGCCGACGGUCCGUCGAAGACGAAGGAGCAGCUAAGGAGGCACUAUGUUCGCACGCUGCAUAAGGUCGUGGAAGAGGCCGAUGUGGUUGUGCUCGUACUGGAUGCGAGGGAUCCUGAGGGGUGCCGAAGUCGGGUAUUGGAGGAAGAAGUUCGGCGCCGGGAAUCCGAGGGCAAGAAACUCGUUUUCGUCCUGAAUAAGAUUGAUCUCGUUCCUCGAGCGAACGCCGAGGCGUGGUUGAAACACUUGCGACAUAUCGCGCCAACGCUCCCGUUCCGCUCUGCGAGCGCACAUCAGCGGUCGAACCUAUCUUCAAGCACAGCACCCGCCUUGCUGCGUCUCCUGAAGGCAUAUCGACCUUCGGCUGCUCAAAGUAUAGCGGUCGGCGUGGUCGGAUAUCCAAACGUUGGCAAGAGCAGUCUCAUCAACAGUCUCAAGCGCGCGAAAGUCUGCCCGGUAGCAGCCCAGCCGGGUCACACGAAGGAACUUCAGACGGUGCAGCUCGAGCGUGGACUCAAGAUCGUUGAUUCUCCCGGUGUCAUCUUCGAUGAAGACUCGCAAGACGCUUCCCAGCAAAUCGGUGUACUUCUGCGCAACGUCGUGAAGGUGGAGGACGUAGAGGACCCAAUCGCCGUCGUCGAGCAGAUUCUCAGCCGUACGGAGAAGGAGAAGAUCAUGAAGAUUUACAAUCUUCCCGAGUUCUCCUCGCCCCUCGAGUUCCUGACUAUGCUAUCCUUGAACUCCGGCAAACUACUCAAGGGAGGGACGCCGGACGUCCUUGCUGCGGCCCGCGUAGUCCUCGGAGACUGGAAUCACCAGAAGAUUCCGUUCUAUUCCGAGCCACCGACAAUACAUCCCUCUUUGGUGCCUUCAACUAUCGCGGGCCCUGUCGGCGCAGAACCACUGAUCAGACCAGGCGCCGAGCACACAGGGGAGGCUCAGAUUCUCUCAUCUUUCAGCGCGCCUUUCGCCCUUGCUGGUCUUUUCGGAGACGCUGACGCCGCCAUGGACGCUGAGGCUAACCCUGAUGACGCCGCUAUGGAUGCCGACGGAGGGUUCGUUCCCGAUGAUGAGGAAGGUCCCGCCGACGAGGAUAUGCAAGCAGACUCGGUCCCACUUUCCGAUCAUGGGAUGAUCGUUGAUGACGGCGGGCCCAUCAGUGCGGGCUCAAAACGCCGCCGUUCGCCUUCUCCCGCUGCUACUGUCAACGUGUUGGAUCUCGUAGAGCGUGCACCGAAACGCAUGCGCAAGGCUGCUGCACGCGCGGCAUCUGCGCCCGUGCUCUCUGUUGUGGCAAGCAGAAGGCACGCUCGCUUAGAGCGCAAGGCGGUUGCUAAGCGUGCUAGGAGAGAGACAAGACUAGCUGGUGGCGCUACGCCUACGAUGUCCAUCGACGACGAAGCGUGA